AUGUAUGUACAUUCUACAACAAACAGCGACAGGAUGGGUUAUUGUGAUUUUGAUUGUUGUUGUUGGGAUGGUGUGUUCCUCAGUGUUUUGAUGUGUCUGCUGUCGGUUUUCAGAUUUGUGAGCGAUGGAACACUGGUUCAAGUUGGGAGGCUACAAUUUAAAGCAUUACACGUGCCUGGACAUACUGCUGGUCACAUAAUUUACGCUUUGCAGCUAACAGAUGAUCUCAAAUGCCUUUUCACUGGAGAUUUCUUAUUCGUCGCUGGCAUUGGUAUGCACUGUAUCAUAUUUUUUCAACAUAUAAUAAUUUCAUUCUUAAUUGAAAAUGAUCAUUUAUUAUGUUUUACUCCAUUGCACUUAAAGUGCAUUUGCUCUUUAGGUAAGAUUUUCGAAGGCAGUGCCUCGCAAAUGAUCAAUUCGUUGGCAGUACUGAAUGAUUUUCCAUCGCAUACGCUCGUCUUUCCGGGGCAUGAAUACGCAAAGCUUAAUUUGGGAUUCGCUCUUUCACUGGAAGAUGAUAACGAUGAUCUAAAAGCAAUGAUCAAGACGGCAUGCGAGAAACGAACUCUACGCACACCUAUUGUACGUCUAACGUUUUGGGCAUCUUGUUGGUUUGAGCGCUUUUUGUUGAUAUUUAAAAAUAUUAAUUGUGACAGAUUUAUGUACUAA